AUGGAGUUAGACUACGCGGCUGCCGAUGAGGCUCUUCCAACGGAUGCCUCAUCCGCGGGGGGGCUCAUCGAAGGCACGAAUUCACCUUCAGCAACAUCACCAGCUCCCCCCCCAGCACAUGAUGACCUGUGUUACGUGGCAUCCGCCGCAGCCGUCACAACCUCCGCUCAGCAGCACAAGCAGCAGCCGCGACAUGACUCCUGUCCGCUGCGGCUGCAUGCUCCACGGCCGCGCCUCGGUCACACAAUUACCCCUUUUAACCUUCCCAUGCCUACGGCAGCUCCACAGACACUGCCGCAGGCGGAGAUUUCUCCGCUCAGGCAGCACCAGCAACCGCCUCCACACUCUGCCACAUUCCGCAGCAGUAGUCACACCGCUGGCAACGCUGGGGGCACCCGCAACAAGGACGACUCCCUGUGGAUGCGUUCUCUUGUGAGGCCAGUUAUGGUGGGAGGCUGCUGCGCCUCUGCCGCCGCAGCAGCAACCCAAGCAGCGAACCCCGAUGAGCCGCUCCAUAGGAUCGUGGAAAAAGUAACGAAGGCUCCAAAAGACGCUUUCCUAGGAUUUACCGCAGCAGAGGCUGCAGCGUCUCUGCGCCAGACACCGUUGCCGCUGCUGCAACAGGCGGUAUCGGCAGCAGCAGCUGCAGCGGCAGCAACAUCGGGAAGCGGCGCGCAAAGAGUUGCGGGAACGACUCUAGAGAAAGACUGGCUAGAGGCCUACCUAGCGCGUCUUGCUUCUGCUGGAUCUCGCAACUGGCUUUGGUGGAGGCUUCCAUUUGCGAGCACACCCUGUAGUGUAGACUCCACUGGGGCUGCUGCUGCUGCAGAUACACCGGAGCAUCGCAUUCACCAUGCUGCUGCACCUGUUUCCGCUGAGAGGCAGUGCGCAGCCGUUGCCGUCUUUGGAGGCCGCAAGGCAGAUGGCACUCUCGCCAACGAUGAACUUUACCUUUUGGAGGUGACGCAGCUACUCUCGCUGCACGUGCCGGUGUGCAUCCUUGGAGAGCUGCUCUUUCUCGCCCUCUCGACGGCCGCAGCUGAAGCACGAGCAGAAGCGACAAUUGGAAGUGGCGAGUGUAAGGCAACAGAGGCUCCCGCUGCAGCCAUCACGGUGCCCCUCGAUGCUCAAGAAGGUGACGUCGGAGAGCCUGGUUGCAAGGAAAACAGCAGCUGCGUCAGCAGCAGCACUAUUACGCCGCCGUUGCUGCGGUGGCGGAUGCCGCCGUGCGUUGGCAAGAGGCCCUCACCGAGGAUGGGCCAUUCUUUGGUGUAUGCAGAUCCGCAUCUCAUUCUUCACGGAGGGAAAGACGAGCGGGGUCAACUGCUGAGUGACGUGUGGGUGUUGGAUAUAUUUGACUGGAAAUGCGGCUCGCAGUCGGCGGCUCCCGAAGGAAACACGGCGGCCAUGGUGGCUAAGGGCACCACGAACACUGCGGCAGCAGUUCAACGGAAGCCUGCAGUCGCCUUGUGCUGGGUUGCCUUAGAUUUCAGUGCCUGCUCGCCUCUCAGGCCCCCCGGCCGCUUCUUGCACUCGUGCAGCGUCUUUGUCAAGACGACAAAUGAUGGGUCGUGCUGCAUUGUGAUUGCGGGGGGCUGGACGUCUGUGGUACUGCCAAGAGCGCGUCACUACGCCCUUCAAAGAGAUGCAGAGGGUCACUGGAGGCAUUCGCUCCUCCCUGUGCGGGUUGCCAACGCAGCAGAUCAGCGCUUCAUGCACGCGUCCGUGUGCGCCGGAUCAACACUGCUGCUCUCCGGAGGCCUCCGUGUUCGCUCUUCGAUGCCACCCUUGGCUGUCUCUUCACCAAUCGUUUCUCACGAUGCUCUAACCCACCGCAGCGCUUGCUUCCCGCACGUCCCCAUGCCUGCCCUGGUAGGCCACCAGGCAUGGCAGGUCGGCGGACGGAUCUUCUGCUUUGGCGGCCUUAAAGUUAAUGACGAUUGCGGCCCUUUGAACCCUGUCUCAGCGUGUGACGUUGUCUCCUUUGAUGCAUGCAAGCUUCUUCCAACUUCUUCUGCUGAGCACCUGAUGGCGGAUCGGCAUCGAAUGCAUCUCCAGCUGCAGCGUCGUGCAGCUGCACUCAACAAGCGGCCUUUACCUGACGGCACUUCGGAGGAGGAUGCCGAAUCUGACCACUCGAACUGCUGGAAUACAGAUGGGAGCAGUAGCGGGAGUAGCAAGAGUAACAGCAACAGCCCUAAGAUGUGCGCAUCGACAUCGCAGACAACUUCUGCCGGUGGCUGCUUGUCAGAAGCUGGUACAGCGGCAGGACCGGCAGCAGCAGCAGCAGCAUCCGACCCCCCCGCAGCCAGGAGCCUUGACACCUCAUAUGUACGUCGGCCUGAAGGCGGCGAGGUGUUCACGUCAUGGGGCAGCAGCAAGAAGCCUUGUUCAAAGCCUUGGAGCUAUGCCGAUGGACGCUUGCUCUCGGAUGCUUCUCACACAAGCAUUGCAACGGCGCCAGCACCAGCACAAACGGAUGUUGUUGCUACUCGAGCUCUGCAGGAAGUCCAGUCAGCGGUGGUGACUCCGCGUCGCAACCGUCGGUUGGCUGCUCUGCAAGCCAUUGAAUCCUUUAAGCUUCUGCCGGCUGCACCAGUUGCCUCUGUGGCAGGGCCUGUUGCUGCUGGGAGGAGUGGUGCCUUUCACCCCGCAGCAGCAGGCCCCGCCGCAGAGGCAACUGGUGCACCUCAUGGUGGUAGUUACCCUGCGUAG